AGAGAAAGUAACUGAUGGAAACGGUGUCGUCCGAGUGCAUCAAGCAACAAAAACCCAACCCCUAGUCUCUUCAUAUACUACCAGUAAACUUUGUUGCUAUUGUAUUUAAUUUUACAACACAUUGAUCCAGCUUCGACACUCAAACUGUAGGUGUAAAAAUCUCUUUGGGGUGAAAAUAUGGCUACACUUUCUGAUAUAGGGGUUGCAGCAGCUAUAAAUAUACUCACUGCAUUAGCAUUCUUUAUAGCAUUUGCCAUUCUCCGGAUUCAACCAUUUAAUGAUAGGGUGUACUUUCCAAAAUGGUACUUAAAGGGUGUAAGAGAAGAUCCAGUGCAUUCAGGUGCAAUUGUUCAGAAAUUUGUAAAUUUGGAUUGGAGAUCGUACUUGAGAUUUCUGAACUGGAUGCCUGUUGCAUUGAAAAUGCCACAGCCUGAACUUAUUGAUCAUGCAGGAUUGGAUUCUGCAGUUUACUUGAGAAUUUACUUGACGGGGCUUAAAAUAUUCAUUCCUAUUGCAAUGGCUGCCUUUUCAAUCAUGGUUCCUGUGAAUUGGACAAAUCACACUCUUGAGCAGUCUGAUCUAACUUACAGCGACAUAGACAAACUUUCUAUUUCAAAUAUUCCAGUUGGAUCAGACCGCUUCUGGACCCAUUUAGUAAUGGCCUAUGUUUUUACCCUCUGGACAUGCUAUGUGCUGAAGAAGGAGUAUGAGACAGUUGCAUUAAUGAGGUUGCAUUUCCUUGCAUCAGAACAACGUCGACCAGAUCAAUUUACAGUUUUAGUUAGAAAUGUGCCACCAGAUCCUGAUGAAACAGUCGGUCAACUCGUGGAGCAUUUUUUCUUGGUCAACCAUCCAGAUCAUUAUCUCUGCAGGCAGGUUGUAUGCAAUGCCAACAAAUUAUCAGGACUUGUCAAUGAUAAGAAAAAGAAACAAAAUUGGCUUGAUUAUUAUCAACUGAAGUAUGCUAGAAAUCAGUCAAAGAGACCGAUUAUUAAGACUGGAUUCCUUGGGCUUCACGGGAAGAAAGUGGAUGCAAUUGAAUAUUAUACAUCCAAAAUUGAAAAACUGUCUGAAGAAAUAUCUUCAGAAAAAAUUAAAAUGGCCAAGGAUCCAAAGUUCAUCAUGCCGGCUGCAUUUGUUUCAUUCAAAACACGAUGGGCUGCUGCUGUUUGUGCACAAACUCAACAAUCUAGUAAUCCAACUGUCUGGUUAACUGAGUGGGCGCCUGAGCCUCGUGAUGUGUAUUGGGAUAACCUGGCAAUCCCAUAUGUAUCUCUGACAAUAAGAAGGCUUGUUGUUGCUGUUGCUUUCUUCUUUCUUACUUUCUUCUUCAUGAUACCUAUCGCAAUUGUACAGACUCUUGCAAAUAUUGAAGGAAUUGAAAAAGCCGUGCCUUUCCUAAAGCCUAUGAUUGAAGCGAAAGCUGUGAAAUCAUUCAUACAAGGUUUUCUUCCUGGAAUCGCGUUGAAAAUUUUUCUUAUUCUUCUACCAUCAAUAUUGAUGCUGAUGUCCAAAUUUGAAGGCUUUAGCUCCGUGUCAAAACUAGAAAGGAGAUCUGCUAGUAGAUAUUAUGUUUUUCAGUUUGUAAAUGUGUUUCUUGGGAGCAUAAUCUCAGGAACUGCAUUUCAACAGCUAAAUAAAUUCAUCCACCAAUCAGCAAAUGAGAUCCCAAAAACUAUUGGAGUUUCUAUCCCCAUGAAAGCAACUUUUUUUAUAACUUACAUCAUGGUGGAUGGAUGGGCCGGAGUCGCGGGAGAAAUUUUAAGAUUGAAACCACUGAUAAUGUAUCACUUGAAAAAUUUCUUCUUGGUUAAAACUGAAAAGGAUAGGAAAGAAGCCAUGGAUCCCGGAAGCAUUGACUUUUAUACCGGAGAACCUCAAAUACAACUUUACUUCUUACUUGGUCUUGUCUAUGCCGUUGUGAGCCCUAUUCUACUUCCUUUUAUAGUCGUAUUCUUUGCCUUGGCAUUCCUUGUCUAUCGCCAUCAGAUUAUAAAUGUCUACAAUCAGAAAUAUGAGAGUGCUGCAGCAUUCUGGCCUGAUGUCCAUGGGCGCAUUAUAGUGGCAUUGGUCGUUUCACAAUUACUUUUAAUGGGAUUGUUAAGUACAAAGGGUGCCGCUCAGUCAACUCCAUUGCUCAUAGCACUCCCAGUACUGACAAUAUGUUUUCAUAGAUUCUGCAAAGGUCGUUAUGAGCCUGCUUUUGUGAGAUAUCCAUUACAGGAAGCGAAGAUGAAAGAUAUACUAGAACGUACACGGGAGCCAAGCCUGAACUUAAAGGAAUAUCUUCAAAAUGCUUACCUCCACCCAGUCUUCAAGGGUGGAGAUGACAGUGAUAGUGAUCCAGAGUUUGAAGAGGUGGAGUUGGAACCUACUCUGGUGCCCACAAAACGGAUCUCGCGCAAGAAUACUCCAGCCCCUAGCAGAAAGAGUUCAGGCUCUGCUGGACCCCUGUUAUAUGAUGCUCAAGGAAUCACAACUCCAUGACCCCUGCGUGAUAUAAUAGUUAGAACCUUGAGAUGACUACUAGUUGCUGGAACUCUGUACAUGUCCAAGAGUAGAUAUUAGCAAAAUAACAAUAGAUAUGUAAGAUGACAAUUUUGCAUGACUUUUACAACCUGUCAGGUUGUUGGUCUUUUGACAUCCAUCGAAAUGUGGAAAAAUAUACUCGUAAUCAGCCCGAGGCUUCCACAUGUUGUGGAGGGAGUUUGCCUGAAACCAGCUUUACAUCUGGAUGCUAAAUUUUAAUAUUUUGUUUCCGAAA